CGUGAAACUAUCGGGCAAAUAUAACGCGUUAUUUAAAUAUAUUAUUCUUUAUGCGUAUAUAUCGUUUUCACUUUAUUCAGUACUCUUGAUUGUAAAAAUCUGAUCAGUUUGGACCCUGUUUAAGAUAGUUGUGUAUAUUUCAUCCUACAUUUAUUUGGCCGAUGCAUGAGACAUGGAUUUUCGAGUGUAGAUAAUAGCUGUUCCUUGUUUCUGAUUCUGCCACAUAAAUUGUUAUUAUUAUAAAAAGGAAGACAAAAAUCAUCAGGAUGUGCGGAGGAUUCACCUGCUCUAAAAACGCGCUGAUUGCGCUUAACAUCCUCUAUGUGGUGGUGGCUUCAAUCUUGAUAUCAGUAGCGGUGUAUGGGCAGACUACGUCCCUGGUGAACACCAACCUACCAAUUCUCGGGGGUAUCCUGGCAUGUGGCGUCCUGCUCAUCUUGAUCUCGCUGCUGGGCAUGGCUGGAGCCGUCAAGCACCACCAAGUUAUGCUGUUCUUUUACAUGGUGAUUCUUUUCCUGUUGUUCCUGGUGCAAUUCUCCGUGGCAUGCGCCUGUCUCGCUGUGAACUCGGACCAACAGGAGAUGUUGGCAAAGCAAGGAUGGAACAAAGUGAACACCGAAGUGAAGAGUCAGGUGCAGGAGAAAUUUCAGUGCUGCGGGUUUGAGACUAACAUUCGCCCCCUUAAUGCCACGUCUGACUACCCCACCUGUGACGCUGUCAACGAACUUUGCUGCAUAAACUCGGCGGACAAAGACUGUGCCUGCGCCCCCUGCAUGGAAAAACUCAAGGAGCGUAUCGACUACGCCUUUAAGCUAUGCGGAGGCAUCGGUCUAUUCUUCAGCUUCACUGAGCUCUUCGCCGUGUGGCUCGCCCGCCGCUACCGCAACCAGCCUGACCCGAACUACAAGGAACCUCACGCUAUUUUCCCGAGGAAGAACUACCUAUACUGAGAAAAACCGAUAAUUUAAUUAGCCUCAACAAUUUAGGAAUACACAGGUUUUAGUUUUAGAUAGUCAAUGAAAUGAUGGGCGAUUAUUUACUUUGCCAUAAUGGAUUAAAACGCAUUUUUUAAUUAGUCAAUCAUUUCAAAAGUAACUUUUUACGUUGCUGAUUCUAUCACCUAUGCCCUGUGUUAUAAAUGUACAAUUUUACAAGUCUAAACCGGCAAUGUUUAGCCUAAGCUUCGCGCCAAUG